AUGACUUUCAAUUUAAAAAUAAUAACUGAAAUAUAUUUCGGAAUAUUGGAAUUAGAAAAGGAAUUAAAAGGAAAACUCGGUACAUUUUAUUACGUUAAAGUUGAUUUGUGUUCAGAAGAAAACAUUUUGGAAGCUUUUAAUUGGGUAAAGAAAACAUUUAAAUCGGUUGACGUGCUAGUUAACAAUGCAGGUGUUUGGAAGCAAAGUGAUUUAUUAGGAAACACAAAUGAUUGGAAAAAAAUGUUUGACACAAACGUCAUAGGUCUAAACAUUUGCACUAGAGAGGCAGUAAAAAUCAUGGAAGAAUUAAAAAUCAAUGAAGGCCAUAUAAUAAAUAUUAACAGUGUUGUAGGUCAUUACCAAUUUCCAUAUAUGAAGGAUCUUUCAAUUUAUAGCGCUACCAAACUAUGUGUUACUUCAAUCACAGAAAAUUUAAGAGAAUUGUUGGGCAUGAAAAAUUUACCCAUCAGAGUCACGAGCAUCAGUCCGGCUGCAGUGGAAACUGAAAUGGCUGUAGAGUUUGGGUUCGAUAAAUUGGAAGGAGUGAGGAUGUUGAAAUCGAUUGACAUUGCUGAAGCUAUUAUGUACGCGUUGAGUGCACCGCAGAGUGUGAACAUCGCUGAAAUAAUCAUAAGGCCAACAAGCGAUAAUACAUUAGGUACUCUUAAAAAUUUUUUAUAG